AUGAAUACUUCUAAAGACCUCCAUCUAGCUACUCUCCUUUCCGAGCCUUUUACCAUGAUGGACUGCCCCGUCACCACUCAUGGGGACUAUAUCAACUCCCAGGUGACAGGGUUCCCAACCGAUGAGGACGACAACGACCAACGAGUCGGAGGGCUCGCCUCCAUGCAUGUCACUAACGGCGUGCGGUACCACGCACCGCAGUCUGCGAUGCAAGACUUGCAUUAUCCCAGCUCGGCUGCACUCGCUAUGACUCCUCCUGAUUCCUGUUCUGACUCGUUCUCCCCAACGUCAGGCCCUCUAUUUCCUCAUAUGGCCCAGCACCAACAUCCCUUUGAUCGAAUGCCAGAUUAUCGUCGAGUACCGUCUCUUCAGCCUCCUACCGGUAUGUCAGCAGCAAUGCAAAGUCCAGUGCACUCUGUGAGCUCUAUAUCGGCAUUGAUGGGACGCAACAAUGCCUAUUCAUCCUCAUAUGCACUUCAGCGAGGCAUGGGCUUGCCACUGAGCGGAAUUAAUGAUGUUUCUCGUGGUCAUGGGUAUUCAGGCACUCCUCGAGGUCUGGAUGUUCUGGAGCGAAAUCAGACCGCCCUAUACCAGCAGCCUCAAGUUGAAUCCCCACAGCGUCCGCAUGCACCGAUAGAAGCACCACCAUUCGAAGAGACGAGUGUUCUCGAGUCAAUUGUCGCAGACUUUGGAGGCACCCAGCAAACCGUCAAACCUGAGGUAUAUGCAAAGAUUGGGCGUGGUUUCUUUCCAUCUGAUAACAAGUGGACGUGCUACCGACGGAAUUACUUUGCUGUAACCUGCAGCUUCAGUUUGCAUCCAUGGCCAUCGAACGUUCCUCUCUACAUUCGCCAUGCGGAUCAGACCCUGGAGCCGAUCCGUGGCUUUGCCAUGUCCAUUUCUGCCAUAGUCAAUGGGCAGUAUGGAGAAACUCGAGAGCUCAUACAGCAUACUCCUAAGCGGGAUAAACAAUCAGAGCGCGCACCUCCUCGAGUGAACCUGCAACCCUCGCCACCCCAAUCACUCACAUCAACCUCCGCCACAAACGGAACUCAUGGUUUCCCACUGGGAUCACAAUCGUUGGACUACAAUCCCUCAUUCGCCAGCGCAGCUCAGCCUCCACAAUCACACAUGUUUGAGCGGAUCCAAUUCCAAAAAGCCACAGCCAACAACGGCAAGAGACGCGCCCAGCAGCAAUUCUACAACCUCGUCGUCGAGCUGCAAGCCGAAGUCGCUGGUCCGGUUGGUGGAGAACCACAGUGGGUUCUCAUUGCCCGUCGACACUCACACUCAAUGGUCGUGCGAGGUCGUUCCCCGGGUCACUACAAGGACGGCAGACGCGAUAGCACCGCCAGCAUGGGACCGGAGGGAGACAGUGGAGAUGGCAGCGGUAGUACGCUCCCCCACGUAAUGGGACAAGCAGCACGCUCUCACCUGCUUCUGUACGACACGCCUCAUCGGGGAAGCCUGCCCUACAGCCGAACAGACUACCGCCAGAUGCCGACAGCCGAGCAUUCGCCAUUGAGCGAUAGCCCGCUCGUCUCAUCAUCUUCCUCGUCUGGCUUCGACUAUUCCAUGAUCAACGAUACCAUGAAUCCUAUGGACACGCUGAAGCCCGAGUCCUCAUUGGACCCCUACCAGGACCCAUUUACAGGGGUAACCAGUACCCAGCGCACCAGCACGGGCGGGUUUGAUCCUGUCUACUCAACCUACAACGGGUACAGCACGAUCCAUAACACGCGUAGUCUGUGCACCUAG